AUGAUGCAGGUCAUCACACCACUCUUUCUGGCCAGUUUGGUCGCCGGUCACGGCCAUAUCACAAACAUUGUCAUCAAUGGUGUAUCUUACGAUGGAUGGGAUAUUGACACUUUUCCAUAUGAGUCUGAUCCUCCGAAUGUGGUUGCGUGGGGUACACCAAACACCGGAAAUGGCUUCAUAUCUCCAGAUGCAUAUGGCUCUUCUGAUAUCAUCUGUCAUGAAAAUGCCACUAAUGCCAAGGGAUAUGCAACUAUUGCGGCUGGAGACAAGGUCAAUCUUCAAUGGACCGCCUGGCCAAGCUCUCACCAUGGACCAGUUAUCACCUAUCUCGCCAAUUGCGGAGACUCGUGCGAGACAGUGGACAAAACGACUCUCGAAUUCUUCAAAAUCAGUGGAGUGGGAUUGAUCAGCGACACGGACGUCCCGGGAACCUGGGGUGACGAUCAAUUGAUUGCUAAUAACAACAGCUGGCUGGUUGAGAUUCCACCAACCAUUGAAGCCGGUUACUAUGUACUGAGAAAUGAGAUCAUUGCACUCCACAGUGCAGAGGAGUCGGAUGGUGCCCAAAACUACCCUCAGUGUUUUAACUUGCACGUUACAGGCUCUGGGACGGAAAGUCCAACAGGUGUUCUUGGAACCGAUCUAUAUAGCGCCACUGAUGCCGGUAUCUUGGUCAACAUUUAUUCAUCUCUGUCCACCUAUGAUGUUCCUGGGCCCACCCUUUACAGCGGUGCUGUUUCGGUCACGCAGGCUACCUCUGUCAUCACUUCAACUGGCACUGCAACAACGGGGUCAGGCGAUAGUUCCCAGGCUACAACCUCGGUCGCUGCAGCUGUCACAAGCUCCUCCAUCUCUACUUCCACCAGCCCAUCCAGUGUUGUACCUACCACAACCUCAUUCAGCACGAGUGCUGAGGUAGAUGUAUCUGACACAGCGACUCCAGUCGAAGUGCAGUCCACCAGCUCGACUACAGUGCUCGCAACCACCCCCGCUAGUACCAUCACUACCGCCCCUACGAGUACCAGCGUCACAGCUGCCGGGGGCUCGGCGCAAUCUUUAUAUGGACAGUGUGGAGGUGUUAACUGGACAGGUGCUACUGCAUGCACAACUCAGGCUGUCUGCAGUUCGAUGAAUCCCUAUUAUUACCAGUGCGUCGCAAGUGCUGCUUAA